GGAACUCCCCUGAGAGCCCUGGGGGCAAUGGGCUGCUGCUCGAGCCGCACGCACCACUUCGACGCGGACGAGCUGGACAAGCCCUCGAGCGGCGAGCUGGACAAGCCCUCGAGCGGCGAGCUGGUCGAGCGUUUAGUGCAGCAGCACGCAGCAGCAGCAGCCAAUCAGAGUGAGGGCGAGGUCGACUGCUGGGCCCCGAUUGGAGCGGGCCUGUGUCCGAUCUUGCCUCUGCCUCUCAGCAUCAGCGCGGUGCGCGCCGCGCUGGGAGAGGGCUGCUCGGACGAGCUGGCCGCCUUCGUGGAGAGGGAGGCGCGUCGCGAGUACACCGAGGCGUCGACGGCCUUCGAGCUUGUCGUCGCCUCUGUCGCUUACGACAACAGCGGCGUGAUGCACGCCGUGAACGGCCUGCUCGCCCGCGUCGUCGCCUUUGUUCGCGCGGUCGCCGCGCGCAAGCACGAAGAGGGCGGAGGCGACACCGAGGCGGAGGCGUUUGUGGAGGAGUUCAUGGCCAAGACCUUCAGCACCAGCGGCCGGGGCGGCGGGUUCGGCGCCUUUGGCUCGGACCCCGAGGCGGUGCGCGACCUGCUCGCCGACAGCUCGGAGGAGCGGCUGCGCGAGAAGACUGGCGUGGUGAACCAGGAGGCGCUGCUGCUUGCGGCGCUCGAGGCAACCGACGCGAGGGAGGAGGGGUGGGGCGUCGCGGGUGGAGAGGAGGAGGCGCUCGCUCGCCAGCUCGGUAUCGACUUUGCCUUCUUCUGUGAGCGGCGCGCGCCCGCCGCUAGCAGCGAGGACGGGCACGGCAUCGAGUCCAUUGUCGCUCAGCUGUCGUCGCCGUCUAUCAGGCGCGCUCUCACGCCGCUGGCGCGGCAGCUCGAGUUCCGCACGCUCGCGUCAGAGGCGUCUCAGAAGAGUGCGACUCGAGUGCACGAAGGCACCCUCGCCGCGCUCGACAUGGGCCUAUCGCCCGCCGAGUCCACCUUCGCCGCGCGGCUUCGCGCCGCCGCUCCCGCGGCCGCCGCCGACGCGGACGCGAUGCCGUGGUUCUCGGGCGACGCGGCUGGCCUCCCGCUGCGCGCCUCGUCGAGCGGCACCACCUUCCAGAUCCUGACCAUCGCGCGCUACUUGGGCGUGCCGGCCGAGGAGAUGCCGCUGCUGCGGCUCGCCGCCGUCGCUUUCCUCUGCCCGCAGCACCACUCCUUCCUCGAGGUGAUGCUUGGCGCGAGUGAGUACUGCGGCGCCGGCCCGCUGGCCGCGGGCGCCGACUGCUGGCAGCACCUGCUGCCGCGAGACUACUGCUUCCAACUGCCCGGAGGGGGAGGCGCCGUCACCCGCGACAGCCUCAACGCCGAGAUCGAGGCAGAGAUGCGGGGCGUCGGCGACAUUUCGGCCGCCGGGGCUCUCAGCGACUACGCGCAACUACUCGGCAAAUACCGAUCGGCGUGGCCGGCGCAGCGGCUUUCUCCGGACAACUUGCGCAAGAUUGCGGCGCGCUUCCAGCCUUGUUAGGGAGGGUCGUUCUCGUCGAAAAUUCAACAGGGUGGCGCGGGUUUAGUGCAUGCGGAGGGUAGGGGGGGGCGUGAUGGUUUGAUGUUGCGUGUGGGAGUGUGUCCGCUGUGUGCCCUGGCUCGGAGAUAAGACAGAGACCAGACUCCAGAGAGCGCAGAGGCCUGUAUUGCGUGCGGGACGGCGGUACUCUCUAAAGUAUACGAGAAUAAGGAAUAAAAAGAAA